UGGCGCAUUCAUUUGCCUGUAGUUGCCAGUAGUUGCGCACAGUCGUAAGGUGGACGUUUUCUAGCCUUUCCGGUCUUCGGUAGCGUAGGUUCGCUUGGGCUAUAAAUUGGGACGAGUAGUGAGCUCGAUUUGCAGUGAAUACAAGUAUUUACUCUAAUUUUCUACAAUCAUGAGUCGUUUCUUUGCUACUGGCUCAGAUUCUGAGUCGGAUAGCUCGUCUGAGGAGGAGCAAAUUCCCAGGGCACCAGCAGCAGCAUUCACAUUUAGUGAUGAGGAAGAAGAAACUAAGCGUGUCGUUCGUUCAACGAAAGAAAAACGAUAUGAGGAGAUUACAAAUCUUAUUAAGCUCAUACGCAAUUAUAAAAAAAUUAAAGAUAUGAGUAGCAUGCUAUCUAGCUUUGAGGAUCUUAUGCGGGCAUAUCAAAAAGCAUUGCCAGUCAUAGCAAAAGAGGAAAAUGGACAGACGCCUCGUUUUUAUUUGCGGUGUUUGGUGGAAAUGGAAGAUUUUAUAAACGAAGUUUGGGAGGAUCGUGAAGGACGUAAAAAUUUGUCAAAGAACAAUUCAAAAUCAUUGACCUCCCUGCGGCAGAAACUUCGAAAAUAUAAUAAAGAAUUUGACGAGGAUAUCGCUAAAUUCCGCGAAAAUCCUGAGCAGGAUGACGACGAAGAAGAAGAGAAAGCUGAAGAAGCAGAAGAAUCUGAAGAAGAAGAAGAUCGUGCUGCUGCUUUCAAGAAAUCUGGUUCUGAAGCGAGCGCACCAGACGUCUCAAAAUUCAAAAAAGGACCAGCCGACGGAGAUGAUGGAAGUGAGAGUGAGUCGGAUUGGGGAAGUGAUUCCGAUAGCGAUAGCACCAGCAGCGAAGAUGAUGGACAAUAUCAAAAUAUCCGUGAGCGUUUUAUUAAAAAAGCCACUGACAAGGAUGAAGAUGAAGACAAAGCAAAGAAGAAGGAGCAGAGAAAGGAACGCAAGGAUAAAGAGAGAAAGAAGAAGCGCGAUGAAGAUGACGGCGAAGGCGAAUGGGAAACUGUUAAAGGUGGUGUCGCAAUUCCUUCGGAGAAGCCGAAGAUGUUUGCCAAGGAUGCUGAGAUCAAUGUAGCAGCCGUCCUUAAGAAAUUGACGGAGGUUAUCGCAGCACGAGGCAAGAAGCGCACCGACAGAAGAGAACAGAUCGAACUUCUACACGAAUUGCAACAAAUCGCAGAAGUUCAUAAUCUUGGUCCAGCUGUUGCUGUUAAAAUCAAGUUCUCUAUCGUGUCUUCAAUAUUUGAUUAUAACCCGAAAGUAUCUGAUGCCAUGAAACCGGAGUACUGGUCCAAGCUUCUGGAACGUAUCUCAGAAAUGCUAGAUAUGCUGCUCAACACUCCGGAUAUGAUAAUAGCCGAGACCAUUAAUGAGGAUUCUGAAGAGUAUGAAACACCUCCCUACAAGUUACAUGGAUGUGUUUUAACUUUAGUUGAACGUCUUGACGAAGAGUUCACCAAAUUACUCAAGGAAUGCGAUCCCCACAGUAAUGAAUACGUAGAGAGAUUAAAGGAUGAAAAGCAAGUAGCAGCAAUCAUCGACAAGGUACAAGAGUACCUGGAAAGACAAGGCAAUGUAUCUGAACUAUGUCGAGUUUAUCUGAGAAAAAUUGAACACCUGUAUUACAAGUUUGAUCCGAAUGUCUUGAAGCAGAAAGAGGGAGAAAUUGGACCUGAAGUGGUAACUUCAGUUCAGGUUAUGGAGAAGCUAUGUAAAUACGUUUACGCACGUGACGGCACAGACCGUCUCAGAACACGUGCAAUUCUAUCGCAUAUUUAUCAUCAUGCACUUCAUGACAAUUGGUUCCAAGCUCGUGACCUCAUCUUGAUGUCUCAUUUACAAGAAACAAUUCAGCACUCUGACCCAGCUACUCAAAUUCUGUACAAUCGUACUAUAGCGCAUUUGGGAUUAUGUGCCUUUCGUCAUGCCAACAUUAAGGAUGCGCAUAACUGUCUUGUGGACCUAAUGAUGACAGGCAAGGUUAAGGAAUUGCUUGCACAAGGUUUACUACCUCAACGUCAACACGAGCGUAGUAAAGAGCAGGAGAAAAUUGAGAAACAGCGACAAAUGCCAUUCCACAUGCACAUCAAUCUAGAACUUCUCGAAUGCGUCUAUCUUGUGUCUGCGAUGCUCAUUGAAAUUCCCUACAUGGCUGCACACGAAUUCGAUGCGAGACGUAGAAUGAUUUCUAAGACUUUCUAUCAGCAGCUGAGAUCGAGCGAACGUCAGUCCCUUGUUGGACCACCGGAGUCAAUGAGAGAACAUGUUGUAGCUGCUGCGAAGGCAAUGCGGAAUGGCAACUGGUCUGCUUGCAACAAUUACAUUAUCAAUGAGAAAAUGAAUGCUAAAGUCUGGGAUCUGUUCCAUCAAGCUGAUAAGGUUCGCGAUAUGCUAACCAGGCUAAUCAAAGAAGAAGCGUUGAGAACGUAUCUCUUUACUUAUUCCCAUGUCUACGACUCUAUCUCUAUGCCUACCUUGGCAGAGAUGUUCCAUCUGAAACGACCUGUAGUUCACUCUAUUAUCAGUAAAAUGAUCAUUAAUGAAGAGCUCAUGGCAUCAUUGGAUGAUCCAACUGAAACAGUAGUAAUGCAUCGCAGCGAGCCCAGCCGUUUACAAUCAUUAGCCUUGCAACUCACUGAUAAAGUGAACAAUUUUGUUGAUUCCAAUGAACGCAUCUUUGAAAUGAAGCAAGGUAACUUCUUCUCGAGGGGUGGUAACCAAGGCAACUUCAGGGGCGAGAGACAAAAUUAUAAUCGACAGGGACAGGAUUGGGGCCGUCAGAGACGUGAUCGUGAUCGUAAUCGUGAAGAGAAUCGUAACUAUUAAACGUAUAACUAAGUAUAAUUAUUUACAGGAAUACGAAAAUAACAUCAACUGUCCAAGAACUUUCUUUUUUCUAUUAAUAUUUUUUCUUUACGUA